AAGCUGAAGGGCGGGGCUAUGGAAAACAGGAAGUGUCCGCGGUCCUAUCCGGAGGCUGGAGCGUUCGCGCCUGCGUUCUGCUGGGGAGCCGAGGCAGCCAUGGGCGCCGUGACAGCGGGCUAUGUGGAUUGUCACUGCCACCUCUCCGCGGCCGACUUCGACUCGGAUCUUGAAGAUGUGUUGGAGAGAGCCAAGAAGGCCAAUGUGUUGGCUAUUGUAGCAGUUGCUGAACACUCAGGAGAGUUUGAAAAGAUCAUGCAACUUUCAGAAAGAUAUAUGGGGUUUGUUCUGCCAUGCCUAGGUGUUCACCCUGUUCAGGGACUUCUACCAGAAGACCAACGAAGUGUCACUUUAAAGGAUUUAGAUGUUGCUUUGCCACUUAUAGAAAAUUAUAAAGAUCACUUGUUGGCAAUUGGGGAGGUUGGAUUAGAUUUCUCCCCCAGAUUUGCCAGGACUGAUGAACACAAGGAGGAGCAGAGACAAGUCCUUAUUAGACAGAUCCAAUUAGCUAAAAAACUAAAUUUGCCAUUAAACGUUCAUUCACGCUCAGCAGGCAGACCAACUAUUAAUCUCUUACGUAAAGAAGGUGCUGAAAAGGUGCUACUCCAUGCAUUUGAUGGCCGCCCAUCUGUAGCCCUGGAAGGAGUGAGUGCAGGAUACUUUUUUUCAAUUCCUCCUUCUUCUGCAAGGAGUGAACAGAAACAGAAACUUAUAAAGCAGCUGCCUUUAUCUUCUAUAUGCUUAGAAACAGAUUCACCUGCACUGGGAUUAGCAAAACAGGAGCGGAAUGAACCUAGGAACAUUUCCAUUUCUGCAGAAUACAUUGCCCAGGUGAAAGGGAUCUCAGUGGAAGAAGUUAUAGAAGUGACAACUCAGAAUGCUUUGAAACUGUUUCCCAAACUCCGGCAUUUUCUUCAAAAAUAACCUCCCAGAUUUCUUCCAGGAAAAUAAUUUCCUAAUAAACCACCUGGUGGCAGCAUUGAAAAAAAAAAUACAUUUUUUGACCAAAGAAAGAACAUGGUCUUUAUAGGGGCCACCAGCAUAGAAUUAUGGAUAACUUUAAAUUGUUAUUAGUUCAGUUUAUGAAAAAUAAACUCAAUUGGCAUUUCUGGAUCCAGAGUUUGGCUCCAGUUCUGCCACUGACUGUGUGUCGUUUAAAAGUUAAUCAAAUGGUUAGGGAGAAGGGUGGGAACAAAUGCAGCUAUUGUUGCUCUUGCUGCUGCUUUCAUCAGUGCCUUAGAGAUACCACAGAGUGGUAACAUUUAUUUAGAUAAGGAAAUUCAUGUAGGUGAGAGGCAGACUAUAACUUAUUUCGUUUAGUUCGUGGCAACUGCCAUACCCAAAUGUCCAAUUAAAAAUGUGCCAUUUUUGUUUCAGUCUGA